CCGCCACUGGAAUCAGCUGAUUCGCACAUGAGAUUCCUCGUGUCUCGUGUUAUUGUUUACUUACCGUGUGAAUUUUUGCUAUUUUAGAUUAUUUUAUCCACAAAUCCUUAUGGUGUCUUUCUUUAAUUGAAGGAAAGGGUACAUUACAAUCCAAGUGACAAGAUUACCCACAAAAAUAGUGCUCCCGGAAGUUAAUCUUAGAGAAAAUUAAGGUUAAAUUUGAGGUUUUCAUUUCGAGUGUUAUAUAAAUUCCCUGAAAAUGAUACUAUUCAGGAAGUUCCUUAUCGGAUCCUCAUUGACGCUUACGGGAUUCUUCGCUGGCUCCCUUUUAGAACGAAGACGAAAGGAUGCAUGCAAGGAAACGCAUUCCCUGCAGCUUCCGGGGCUUUUUGACGCAGUAUACGCUGCUACUCCUGUCUCAGUACCAGACAUUGCAUCCCCAAAAGGUGUCACAAGCAGCCGAGUGAGUCAGAUCAUGAAAUACGGCUUUCCGGGAUUUGACCAAAUCCGUUCCUUUGAUGACUACGUAUUGUCCUACGAUCGCCGCAACCGUGUGGCUCAUUGGGUAUUUGAGCACCUCACAGCAGACUUAGUUAAGCACAAUCCCGAUGUGGAUCGGGCUAAGUGUGACUUCAAGCCAGACGAUACCAUUCAUCCCUUCUUCCGGAGUGAGAACAGUGACUACAAACACUCGGGCUUCGACCGGGGACAUCUGGCUGCUGCUGGAAAUCACAAAUCAAUCCAAAAGCACUGUGAAGAUACCUUUUUCCUCAGCAACAUGGCUCCACAAGUCGGAAGUGGCUUCAACCGGGAUGCCUGGAACAAGCUCGAGAAGUAUGUGAGGAAACUCACCAAGAAAUACAUCAACGUCUAUUGCUUCACGGGACCUCUGUAUUUGCCACGAAAGGAGAAUGAUGGAAAAACUUAUGUCAAGUAUCAAGUGAUUGGGAACAAUUCAGUAGCUGUCCCUACGCACUUCUUCAAGGUAGUGGUUUGCGAGCGGAGCGAUGGGAAGCUGGAGAUGGAGGCCUACGUGAUGCCUAAUCAAGUGAUCAACAAUGAAACAUCCCUGACCAUGUUUCAAGUACCGCCGGAAACAAUAGAGAGAGCUGCAGGACUUUUAUUCUUCAGUCAAGUGAAUAGAAAGGCUCUCGUGAGCAUCAAUGGGAAGAGCGUUUGAGGAAGUAAAAUCAAUUUUAACAGAAUUGUAAGUAGACUGCCUUGUGCAAUUAUGAAGUUCUUUUGAGGGCUCCUAGAACUGAAAGCUUGAGUGAUUCAAUUUAAUCAAGUAUUAGAAUGCCUUCUUAACUUCCCUGGCAAUCGUCAAACAACCUAAUACCUUACAAUUUAUCAGUAUGUACGAGGAUCCUCCUCAAAAUCGUUAGGCAGAUCAAUUAUUAGCAUAAUGAAAAGCUGCAUGAAGCAUAUGCUUCAUUGGGUUAAAAGUGAAACUUCGCACCUUUGCAAUUAAAAUGGCCAAACAAAAAACUUAAGUUUUCAGUUCCAUGAGCCCAAAUUGUAUAUUGAAGAAAGUUUUCGGAUCAACUGGCUCAGUUUUUUUUAUGUUUUAUGUUUUGUGUAUGAAUUUUUUUUAUUUUAAAAUUUUGAAAAAGACUCCGUAGCAUUUUUUAAUUUUAUAUGAGUUUCAAAACUUUUUUUUUCUAAUCACACAUUAAAAAUUCUGAGCCUUCCGAAAAUAACACGAAGUUAGUAAAAAUUGUAGAGUACCCACCUCUCAAGUUAGAAAUUUUAUACUGAAUAUCUAACGAUAUUUUAGGAUUAGGAUAUUUUAAAGAAUAAAUUGUUUAUUGAUGAAC